CCACCUGACCAGGGAGUGCAACCAGAGAGCAGAAGCACCCUUAAGCUCAGGUCUGACUGACACCCUGACCAGAGGCAUGAACUGAAUGUGUUGGGGCUGGAGAGUGGCUCACGAAGGGAGCUGCUUAGAGCUCAAGUCCUCAGGAAGGAGAAAGAUACCACCUGUGGGUGAGGACAGCCAGCUUAAGCCUCAGCAAGCAGGAAAGUGGUGAAGAGCUUGGUUCUAAGCAGUGCCAGGAAGAUCUAGGGGUGCAGAAGCAGCAGGGCCAGCCCAGCCCAGUCCAGCCCUGGAAGGAAAAAAGGAACAAGGCGUGUGCCCCCUUGGCUGAGGUGCCAUGGCCAGAUUCUGCCAGAGCCUGCUGCUCCUGGUGGCCACUGUGGCCCUUGUAUCCAGAAGUGUUCAUGCCUGGGGCAGGCCAAAGGUGGUGAGGAAAUUCCAAGACAUCCCUGAAACCUACGUCUAUGUGCAACAAGCACUGUGGUUUGCCAUGAAAGAAUUUAAUAAGACCAGCAAAGACAAGUACAGCUACAAGGUGGUGAAGGUCCUGAAAUCCCAGGAGCAGGUCACAGAGAGUUUGGAUUACUUUCUUGAAGUCAAAAUUGCCCGAACAAUGUGCAAGAAAAUUUCAGGAGAAAAUGAAAACUGCUUAUUACAACAGGACCCCCAAAUGCAAAAGAUGUUUUAUUGCACCUUUAUUGUUGCAACCAAACCUUGGGAAUUUGAGUUCACUAUGCUGAAGAAACAAUGCAAAGAGGUCUAAUUAUCUUCUAGCAUAUUCAGCUGCUCUGACUUCCAUUUUAAAGAAGCAAAGACACUUGCAAAACAUUUAAAUAAACUGACCCAUUGACUUCA